UGCGGAGUUUGCAUCGAAUGCUCCGAAUGGGGGUGCGCGUGAAGGGCAAGUCACAUUGUAGCAAGCGGGAUGCGCUAGUGUUCCGUGGUGAUUUUUAUCUGUGUUUUUCGUUUCGUUACUCCUUUUUCGAGGUUCGCAGUAGUUCUGUGCUCCUUCGUUGGUCGUCCGGUCGAAUGUUGGGGUGCGAAACAUCGGCAGUGUUGUGAAAUCAAAAUAGAGAAGCAUACGAAUGUGCCACGGGAGCCGCAACGGAAGGCUCGUAAAAGGAUCUUUAUACUCGAAAACGUGCUGUAACCUGCAGCAGGACGUGUGCGUAUUUUACUGAAUUCAAUCGUUACUAAUUACAUUGCGUUCCGGGUCGAAAGUUCCAUGCGGUUUAAGUGGAUUCGCCAGUGACUAAUGGCGAAAAGAUAAAUCUUAAAAAUUGCUAGCCGCAAUUCGUGAAAGAUACCAAAGUGGGGGGGGGAUAUGCUAAAAAGUGUUUCGGGUCCUACAUAUACAAGUGUGUGCAACUCAUAAGUGUUUCGUUCUGGAAACGUGGCAACAGUUAAUCUGAUUACGGUGAUAGAAGGCUUAGUUGACCCUUUUUUCUGCCUCUCAGGUGCAUGUAACACCAAAGGUUGCUCAGGAACAUAAUACGUUAUUUAAGGAAAAGUAUGUGAUACUUUUAAGGUUUGUAGUGAUUUACUCAGUUAUUAUCUCUGAAUCUUGGAUAAUAUUUCGUUAAACUUGAUGGGUUUCAUAGUGUAUAUAAAGUAUUUUAUGUUGGCUUCUAUAUUUAAAGAGUGAAACAAGUGAGGUGUUGUUGUAUUCCUGAAUUCUUCGUGUGUUCUGUCUGCGAGUGUUACGAAUGCAGUGUCGAGUGACUUAGUCAUAGUGUCAUGGAUAUGGAAAGCAAUAUUAUAUGCAUUUAUGACAUGUAGGUAUGUUAAUGUAUAAUAUAUCUUAAGGGAUGAGAAUAAGCUUAUGCCCUAUGUAUGAGAAUCAUAUAACAAACCACGACUACUAUGAUAACCAUAACAGCGAAUAGAUGAAUUAUCACAAACAACAGUGACAACAAUUGCAAUUCUGAAACAAACAACAGUAUGAGCUACAGAAUCUACAAAAGUUUCUUUCAAGUUGCCAAAGUGUUACCUCGACCUAUGUGCAGUGUUAGUUAACCUCUGUUGUGUUGUAAUAUCUUAUAAAGUUUAAGAGGGUAUUUUGCUCGUUUGUUUUUCAUUAUUUUUGUUUUUUGUUUUUUUUUUUGUUCGGUGCUGUGCGACCGGUCCCCUUCGGGGUAAUAUUAAUCAAAAGAUAUAUAUAUAUCAUACAAAAAACAAAACUUAAAAGAAAAUAUAAGAAAGAACGUAUCUACAUUCAGUGCUCUUCUUCUGCCUUCAUCUCAUUCGUCGCUUCUCAGAUUCCUUAUUUGCAUAUAAAUCAUUUAUUUAUAACAAAAGUGUCCACUGGGAGUAUAAAAUACGUUUAAAAUCAAUAACAGAAAUAGUAGCAGCUACUAAAAAUAAGAAUAAAAUCAAAUGAAUAUAAUAUUUUUUAUAUAAUUUAUAUUUAUUGAUUUUUUCUAAUAAAUAGCUUGUGAAAAAAUCGAGUACUAAAAUUAUAUCAGAAAAAUAGUGUAAAUGGUAGUUUAAAUGUAAAUAAAACACUAAAAAGUUUGAAUGUAACCAUAAAAGCUUGAAUAAUAUAUAAAUAUAACACAAUAAAAUGGAACUUCUUAUUCAUAUCAUCGGUUAUUUGGUUCUAAUUGCACUUUCCGUUUCCGAGCAAUUCCUAUAAUAAUAGAAUUAUCAACAACAAAGCGUAAAUUAUGAUAAGCCAGAUAAGUUAACCUUUAAUAUUCAUCCAAAAAAAAUAAAAAUAAUAACAAUAUAUGAUACGGAAGGCAUAAUAUCUACAAUAAGAACUUUCCUUUAGUACUUUUUUGGUAAAUAAUGUGAGAAAGUAAAAAGUCCAUAUUUACGUCAAUACAUAUGUAUAAAUUCGAUAUAUAACUUGAUAAAUGCAUUCCGAAGAAAUAUCACUCCAAAAACGAAAGUAAGAUACCGACCCUCACAAAGGGCUUUAAAUCUCUUAUCUGAAUUUAGGAAUAAAAUUAACACUAUCAUUCAGCCACGUGCGUGCAUUUUCCUUGUAGUAAAUGGAAACUCAACGUUUUCAAUACGAAAAUAUAAUAGAAGAAAAAUGAAAACAAAAAUGUAUGUAAAAAACCAACCAAGAGGGUAAUGUUUAGGAUAUAUAAAAACGGAGAUAAAAAGUAAAAAUAAAUGAAAAAGGAAGAUGAAGCUGUAAUAUCAGGUGAUCUGCAUCUAAAAAAAGAAAACGCAAAAAUAACAUAAUAAAAACAUCAAAAAUAAAGCUGAAUUAAAGAUAGCAUCCAUUUAUUAUUGUAAUUAGAAAGAUGCUGAGACAAUCACAUUAAAAGACACAGACGGAAAAGACUUUGUCUAAUUUGCCUGAAUUAGAUCCUGGACAGAUAAAUCUGAGAAUAAAAAUUAAAAAAAAAUUGGAAAGUGAAAAUAGCGCGAAUAUAGUUAAAGAAAUGUGAAAAUGUUUACUAAAAGUGCAUAAACUUUGCAGUGAAUAAUAAUAAAUUGGGAAUUGACAUAAAUAGACCAGUGAAAUAGCAAAAUCAAUUGAAAAGUCAUAUAAAUCAGGAAGUGGAAUAAAUUGAGUAGUAAAAUAUUAGUUGGAACCAAUGCUCAAUGUAAAAUAGAACGCCGGACAUUACGAAAAUCUUCACGGAAUAUAAAAUACUAACCAAAGAUUAAAAAAGAAAGAAGAAGAAAAAGAAAAUAAUAGCAAAAUUAUAUAAAAGAAAAAAAAGGCAAAAAAAGAGACAAAGGAAAAAAUAAGAACACGAGGUUGGAAAAAGGGAAAGGAUCAGAAGAUAAUAAAUAAAUAAUAAAUAAAAAAAAAACACGAAUAGAAAAAUGAAAAGGAAAGGAAUAUCAGAUAGUUCGCAAUGAGAACGAAAGCCUUGAAGUGCAUUAAACAAAAUAUACAACUUGGAAUUUUAAAAUUCGAAAGCUGAUAAAAAGUAAAUGAAGUUUUCUUUGUCAAAACCAGAGAAUAAGAGUAAUUCAACAAUAGAAGCUUGAUUGUAUCUAUUUAUACAAAUCGGAAUAAAAACAGUUAAACAAUUCAUAUAACUAUAAUAACUAGUGUACAUGAUGUACAUUAGAAUGUAUAUAUUUAAAUAGUAAAGAUAAAUCAUAGAUAUAUAAAUUGAAAAUCGAACGUGACCAAUAAUCUUCGCGAAUACCCUACAAAUUAAACUAUUGAUUGUUUUAAUUUAAUCGCUUUAAAUGCAUAGUGUAUAUAUAUAAACCGUUUCAAUUCGCUGAUAUUUACAUAAAGAACAAACAACCAUUGUUUGUUAUAUUUACGUUACGGCAUCAACUUCAACCUCUAUUGAUUUAUUUUCUUUUUCCUGGUCUUUAAAUCAAGAACAGGCAGUUCAACUGAAAUAAUAUAAGCUAAAAAUCAAUAUACAGGAAAAUCAUUAGAGAAUAAUUUUUCUUUAAGUAUUAAUAUUUCUAUUCAUAGAAAUAGGACUUGUGUAAAUAUAAUAAAAUGAACAUAAUAAGAGCUAAUAAAAAAUAAUAUUUCAAAAGUAUUUAUUUUAUUUAUAAUGUACAAAAAAAGAGGUUGUAAUAAAUUAUGAAUUAAUUAUUAUAAAAUUUCAGGGAAAUGAGAGAAAAAUCUCAUGAAAAUAAAUAUAAUUGCAAACUAAAAUAAAAAUAAUUUAGUUGAGUUAUUAGAGAAGAAGAAAAUUAAUUUAUUAAUAUAAAAAUGAAGUGAAUAGUUAAAGCAUACACGCAUAUAUGCAAAAAAAAAGUUGGUUGUUUUUAAUUCGGGAAAUUUAUUAUUUAUUAAUUAAUGAAUAUUCCAAACCAAUACGAGAAAAUUAGACAAGAAAAGAUAUCAUAUAAAGAAAAUCUGUAGUGAAAGUGACAUUAUGAAAAUAAAAAGUAUAAGUGGAAUGGAAAAAUUAGUGAAGUGGGUAUCAAAUGAUAUAAAUUUAUAAGCUUCAAACCCUAAGAACAAAAAAACAAAAUAACAAAGAACCUUUGGUCACCGGUUGACUCUUCAAAUUAUUAAACAAAAAAAAAAAAAUAAACCAUAAUGCGCUUCAUCCUGAAUUUUUCUUUUAGUAAUUUAUUACAACACAAAGCGAAUUAAAAAAAUAUAACUUUACCGCGUAUCAUUUAACAAUAUUUUGUCUCGGGCCAGUUCGUUGAACUUUUAUAUUAAUAAUAAUAACAAAAACAAAUAAUUAAGCAAAUAAAGAACAAAUAAAAAAUAUAAUUUCAGCAAAUAAAUCAAUAAAAAUAUAAAUACAUACGCAUUAAUAAUGGUGAUUAUCUGAUAUAGUAAAAGGAAGAGUAUAAAAGCUAAAAUAUUGUUUAAAGAUGAAUGACCUCAGCGUGGAAGAUGGAAAGAAUAAGUGAGCUUUAAAGGCAAAAACAAGAAUCUUAGCUUCCAUCCUCUUGUUUUUGCAAGAGAUAAACCAAAUAAAAUAAAAGAAAAAUUAAAUUAAUUAAUUAUACAAGUUCUAACUACUCCAAAAAGAAACUGCAACUGAAAAAUUAUUUAUUUUUAAAUAAUAAUAAGAAAAUGCUAACUUAGAAAUUAUAUAUUUUUUUGAUUAUGUAAAAAUAAGUGAAUAAAUGGCGAAAUAAAAAAAAAAUAAAAUAACAAAUAAAUUGAUUUAAAAGGCCAGAAAUGAUAAAAAGAAAUUAAAUAAAACAAAAAGAAUGGAGAAUGAUUUCUGGAAUGGAAAAUUAGAGAAGCGAGAAAGAAAUGAGGUAAUAAUAAAUUAAUGUUUUCUUUAGUUAAAGUAAAGAAUAUAAAAUAUUAAAAAAAAAAGUAAUAGAAUUAAGUAAAAUCAAAUGAAAUAAUAAAAAAAAAGCCAGUCCUGGAAUAAACAUCUACUAUACAUACGUUUAGUGAACUGUGUGUCGUAAUUAACGCGAAAAAAAAAACAGUGAAUUCAAGGCUUCUGGAUUACACCCCCUUUUGAUUGAAAAUCCCUCGUAAUGUGACACAUUAAUUCGGAUAACUAAUAACACUUCGUUUCCCAUUACAAUAUAUAUUUUGGUAUUUUGAACUGAAAUCUUUGGAGCUUCGACGUUUCGAGUGUACACAAAUUAUACUAUGUCACUUCUUAAUGUCACAGUCAAAAGAGCUAAAUACAUUGGUCCACAAGCACUUCAGUUCAAUACGUAUGUUACUUUAAAGCUACAAAACGUUAAAUCCACAACAGUAACAGUCAAAGGACAAGAACCAUGCUGGGAACAAGACUUUCUUUUCGAAACAAACAAUGUGAACAGUGGUCUUUUGGUUGAAGUUUGGAACAAGGGAAUGAUUUGGGAUCGGGCACUAGGCUACCAGUUGAUACCACUUGAAACCAUCCCUUAUAAUAUCAUCGACGACGAUAUAUUACCAGAUGAUGAAUUCGAAGACUGUGAUAGUACUAGUACAGCAGCGCAUCAGCAGCUUUUAAUACGUAAUAAUCAGUCUAACGGAGUUAAGUAUAAUCAACCUCAAUAUCAACAGCAAAGUCAGCAAUUUCAUGGGCAAGAUCAACACCGUCAGCAACAAUUACAACAGGGACAAUGGUAUCCCAUCGAUAUGGAUUUAAUAUUAAUGGAUGGCGAGGUGUCUGGAACGAAAAAUCCAACAGGUCAUAUGAUUUUACUCGACUGUCGCUUUGAAUUACCAUUCGAUCCAGAUAACCAUCCAGGUGAUCUACAACGUAAACUGGAAUUACUAAAUGGCAUUAUGACAAACGGUCGACAACAGAGGCAUGCACAAUACCUUGGCAACUCUGGAUAUUCUGAAGAUAGUGACUAUACAUCCGACCUGAAUUAUCCAGUUGGACAGAAUGCCAAUUCGUCAGCAAGUCAAUAUCGUAACUUGAGAACUCCACCGCAACAUUCAUUAGAAACAUCACGUGAAAAUUCGUAUGAAAGAGACGAUCGUCGAUCGCCAUAUUAUGAUUCAUAUAUUGAUAUUAGUAAUGACGAUGACAAUAGAGACAAUAAACAUAAUAAUAUGACAUUUUAUUCGCCAACAGAAUAUUCUUACAAAGACGAAAACGAUCCCAUGUCAUAUAACAGUCGUCCAAUGAGUAGCUUAAAUUAUAUUAAAAGUGUAUAUAAUAAUAGUUCCGGUUCAGCGCAAUCCAUAACGCGAAUGCGCAGUCUCGAGCGUCAAAACACUCUCUGCGAUAGCUAUGGAAAAUAUCAAGGUGAGCCAUAUACCAAAAACUAUGGCAGUUAUGAUACGUAUGAAAACAGCGGAGUAGAUGGACGUACUACGGACGGUACCAUGCUUCUAACCGAUGGUGAUAGCCUUGGCUAUAACUUCUACGACUCCAUAACGGGUGAUAGUCUGUCCGAAGAUAGACAAUGGGAUAGUGGUGGACGUGGAACAUCAAUGAAUCAGAAAAUCCUCCCAAAAAUUCCAAUUAAGCAUAGUAGUAGCAUGGUGGACGGAAUAUACUAUCAUCGUGGUGCAUCCUUGCCACCGACACCACUUGCAUCGAAAAAAUCGCGCCUUUUACCCUUACCAGGUAAGCAGACAGAAACAGUAUCACCGGUCACAUCGGUAACAGGAAUACCUGGUAAAGCAAGAAUGCUUCCACAACCCAAAGUAGGUAGUAAACGAUUGCCUGCACCCAUACUGAAGCGUAGUGAUACCGACCAAAGUGAUACCUCCAUUGACUAUUAUUACGAUCAACAACAAAUCGGAGCUAAGCAGACAACAAUUACGUCUAUCUACAAUAAUCGUCCUUUAACAUCAGCGUCCGCAUCUAACUACAAUGAGGACUAUAACUAUGCCUACAAUAGUUCGGAUAGUAUUAACCAGGAUUCAACAACCGCUGCAAAUACUCCAAGUUCCGUCAUUAGCGGGAUAUGUUCCUCAAUAACUCCACGGCCAGGUGGUCGACGGAAGGGUGCAACUCUACCGACGGUACCUAAACUAGCCAAUGUAUAUACAUCCCAAUCUUUUGACAAUGAUUAUCCAACAACGACAUCCAGUUCGUAUUUUAAUGAUUCUGCAAGUAUUGCCGGGGAUGACUACUUCUAUGAAAGUAACCAAACAAAGUUGAAAAAAGCCAAAAAACUUCCAGUCCCUGGGACAACGUCAUCGUAUAGUAGCUCAUCAGUGACAGGUAGUAAGCUACCUUCAAUUCCGUUCUCCAUGUCGCCCGUGACAGUAUCAACAACAACCGGGAAAAUGCUACCAGCGACACCUUCGAUAAAUUCAACAUUAUACGAAGAUAGCUACAAUGGUACGGGUUCCAGUGAGCCCUACUUAACAAACAUGUCGACAGGAACAACUUCGACAAACUUCUCUACUUCAUAUCAGUAUAAAUCCGUCACUAGUACUAGUAUCGAUACAUUUGUCAGUGAACCGGUGAAAUCUUCCAGUAGCUCCGUGCUAGGAACCUUAACCACUGGUUUAAAAGCGACAAUUGGUGCAGUUGGUGGAGCCGCUAUGGGUGAAACAUCGACAGGUCUUCCUGUUACUACUUCGGUACGAUCUUCAACAACGGCCGCAUCACUCACUUCUACCGCAAAAAGUUACCUUGGUCUGGCCUCGAAAUUUAUUCCGACCCUUAGUGGUGGAGGAAACCUGGCUAGUUCAACCACAGCGACAACAACUUCUACAACAAUAAGUAAUUCUACGGCAACUAAUAGCAUGUAUUCCGAUUUAUAUUAUAAGGGUAGUAGUAGUAGUAGCAAUAGUGGGCAAACGUAUUCAUAUGGGUUAGACACAGUUUCAACAACGAUACCUUCGUCAACCUACAAGCCAAAGACCACGUUGGUGAGCGAACCAUACACCAGUGGAUAUUAUAAUGGUGAGGAUACGCUUACGGAUACCAAAGCAACAUCCUACUAUGGCAGCCUUUAUGGUCCAAAAUAUAGUGUUGGUGAAAUCAGUGACCCUUAUACAACUGUCGAGGAUAACAAGUUUGGGUUGGCAACAACCACGUCCUCGUCGCUGGCACCCUCCUCAAACAAUGUUGUCGAUUACAGCGACUACAAGUACGGUUACGAUGAAUAUAGUUGUAAUGAAAAUGAUUAUAUAGCAACGGGUGAUAUAACUGAUAAGAAAUUAUAUAAUUAUAAUAAUAAUUAUGAUACGUAUGACGAUAUGGUCAUGACAUCAACAACGGCAACAAUAGCAGACUCGACAAUUAACAUUGAAUCGACCAAACCGUCAAGUCUGAAUUACGAUUAUAGUUAUCCUAGCUUAAAUAGUGGAAAUGUAAAUAAAAAUAGCAUUUAUUGUGAUAAUAGUUAUAACACAACGGGAUCGGUAGUUUCACCAACGGUUACAAACGCAACAACCACAAUGCAGUCUACUUCGGCCACCACACUUAGUCAUAACAACCUAUAUUUAGGUAACAUGUAUACGCCAACGUCACCAACAAUUUCAACAAUGGACAACACAAUGAGAACAUUCUCACCGACAAUAGCCACGCCCACAACAUCCCAUUCUACGAAAAUUACACCAUCAACAACUGGUUUAAAUUGCUACAACAUGGACCAACAGCAACAACAAUCGUUACUUUCAUCAUCAACAUCAGCCAUAAUCACGGCCGCACAAUCAACUUCCCUAUCACCCGCCCUAAGCUCCAGCAACAACAACAACAACGUCAGUAACAAUAACAACAACAGUUUUGUUCCCACCAGUACCAGUAGCAUUAGCACUAGUUCAACAAAGACCAAUGGACGAGGUGCAAACCUUAUGCUUAUGAAGCAACAACCAACGGAAAUUUACGAGGAGGACGAAAUGGGGAUUACCAAUCUGGACUACGUCAGCGAUCAUGGACUACAUAGUGUUGAUGAAGACGAAUAUUAUCUGAACAAUACACCUGCCACUGCGGUAACCAUGGCAGACUAUCAUGGUACCGCCGUAAAUGACACUCCCUACUAUGACUAUCGCCAUGACUUCUUCAACGAAGAGGACGAAUACAAAUAUUUAGAGAAUGAAAUGAACGAACAGCAGAAACAACAGGGCGAGCUCCACCACCUGCACAAAAAACAACCGCCGUUAGAAUAUAUUGAGGAAAGCCACGAUGACUACAUCAAUGAUGAAUUGAAUGACAACAAAGCACCAAUCACUGGAUCACCUAGAGCAACUACACCAAUACCUGAUCUUCCAGCUAAUGAAACCACCAUUACGCAUCCCCAUAAGCUUAUGUCACAGGAGACAAUAAGUGAUGAUACCAUACAGCAACAGCAUCUAACUUUGAAAAAACAGGAUAGCAUAAGGGAGAUCAAUGAAGAGGAGAAGGUUCCAAGUCCCCGUGAACAUUUUGCGACGUAUGAGUCCAAAGAGAUGCCGAGCGUUAGCAAAGCCCUUAUGCAGGCUCAGCAUCAGUCGCAACAGCUUACAAACGCUGCUGUAAGUACAACAGCCAGUGGUGUAGGUAUGGGUAUCGGGGGUGGAGCCAGUAUAGCUGGUAUUAUUUGUGAUGUAGAAAAUGAUAGUUUCAAAAAGAAAGGAACCCUAUCACGUGGUGAAACUGAAGAGGUGACCAGUGGACAAAUAAUUGGAUCAUUACAUAAGCAGGAAGUGACGGCACGACAGAGAUGGCAUUGGGCUUAUAAUAAGAUCAUCAUGCAGCUUAAUAAUGGAACUGGAACCGGAGAAGGGACUGGUCGUGGAAAUGGUCAUCCUGGAGAUAAUCCGUUUUAUAGCAAUAUCGAUAGUAUGCCAGAUAUUCGGCCUAGACGAAAAUCCAUACCUUUGGUUUCGGAAUUGGUGCUCAAGACAAUGGCUGCAACAAAGCGAAAUGCUGGACUAACAUCAGCUGUACCACGGGCGACAUUGAACGAUGAAGAGCUGAAAAUGCACGUCUACAAAAAGGCCCUUCAGGCCCUCAUUUACCCAAUUUCAUCAACAACCCCACAUAAUUUCGUCCUGUGGACAGCGACAUCACCAACCUAUUGCUACGAAUGUGAAGGAUUACUGUGGGGUAUAGCACGACAGGGUGUUCGUUGUACUGAAUGCGGUGUCAAAUGCCAUGAGAAGUGCAAGGAUCUAUUGAAUGCCGAUUGCCUACAAAGAGCUGCCGAGAAAAGUUCAAAACAUGGCGCCGAGGAUAAGGCCAAUUCAAUAAUUACAGCAAUGAAAGAACGUAUGAAACAACGUGAACGAGAAAAACCUGAAAUCUUUGAGCUUAUUCGAGUGGUAUUUGGAGUUGAAGAGAAAAGUCAUGCCGGUCAUAUGAAGGCGGUAAAACAAAGCGUUUUGGAUGGAACAAGCAAAUGGUCAGCUAAAAUAGCAAUAACAGUAAUAUGCGCACAAGGUUUAAUUGCCAAGGAUAAAAGUGGUACAAGUGAUCCAUAUGUUACGGUACAGGUUGGAAAAGUCAAAAAACGCACACGCACAAUGCCACAAGAAUUGAAUCCGGUUUGGAACGAGAAAUUUCAUUUUGAAUGUCAUAAUUCAUCUGACCGCAUCAAGGUUCGUGUCUGGGAUGAAGAUAACGAUCUUAAAUCUAAACUUCGACAGAAACUUACACGUGAAUCAGAUGAUUUUCUUGGACAAACAAUUAUUGAAGUUCGAACUUUAUCCGGCGAAAUGGAUGUUUGGUAUAAUUUAGAGAAACGUACAGACAAAUCUGCUGUAUCUGGCGCUAUACGAUUGCAUAUAUCAGUGGAAAUUAAGGGUGAAGAGAAGGUUGCACCGUAUCAUGUUCAGUAUACGUGUUUACAUGAAAAUUUAUUUCAUUACUUGUGUGAAGAGAAUGGAGGAAUGGUAAAACUUCCCCAACAAAAAGGCGAUGAUGCAUGGAAAAUUUAUUUCGAUGAAAUACCACAAGAAAUUGUUGACGAAUUUGCCAUGCGUUAUGGAAUUGAAAAUAUUUACCAAGCAAUGACACAUUUUCAUUGUUUGUCGACGAAAUAUUUAUGUCCAGGUGUACCGGCCGUUAUGAGUACCUUACUAGCUAACAUUAACGCCUACUAUGCCCAUACGACAGCAUCGAGUGCGGUAUCGGCUAGUGAUCGUUUUGCUGCUAGUAAUUUUGGGAAAGAGAAAUUCGUCAAAUUAUUGGACCAAUUACACAAUUCAUUACGAAUCGAUCUGUCAAUGUAUCGAAAUAAUUUUCCCGCUUCGAGUCAAGAGAAACUUAUGGAUUUGAAGUCAACCGUUGAUUUGCUGACCAGCAUAACAUUUUUCCGUAUGAAGGUUCAAGAAUUGUCAAGCCCACCUCGCGCCAGUACAGUCGUUAAGGAUUGCGUAAAGGCCUGUCUUAGAUCCACUUAUCAAUUCCUAUUUGAAAAUUGCUAUGAACUCUUCAACCGGGAAUUCCAGGUGGAUCCAAACGAGGCUAAACGCGACCCUGACGAUCAUGGACCAAAACUGGAUAACGUCGAAUUCUGGCAUCGACUCAUAGCACUUAUUGUAUCCGUCAUAGAAGAGGACAAGACUGCAUAUGGAACUGUAUUGAACCAGUUUCCUCAGGAGCUUAAUAUCGGACAGCUGUCUGCUGCAACAAUGUGGGGCUUAUUUGCUGUCGAUAUGAAAUAUGCGUUGGAGGAGCAUGAACAGCAUCGCUUAUGUAAAUCGUCCGCCUAUAUGAAUUUGCACUUUCGCGUCAAGUGGCUUUAUACAAACUAUGUACGCGAGGUGCCACCAUAUAAAGGAGCCGUCCCUGAAUACCCAGCGUGGUUUGAACCAUUCGUUAUGCAAUGGUUGAACGAAAAUGAUGAUGUUUCACUGGAGUAUUUGCAUGGUGCUUUCAAUCGUGACAAAAAAGAUGGGUUUCAAAAGAGCAGCGAACAUGCCUUAUUCUCGAAUUCCGUUGUGGAUGUUUUUACACAGCUUACGCAAUGCUUUGAUGUUGUUAGUAAGCUGGAGUGUCCCGACCCGGAAAUCUGGAAACGGUACAUGCGUCGCUUUGCUAAAACCAUUGUUAAAGUUCUAAUUGCAUACGCGGAUAUCGUAAAGAAGGAAUUUCCGGAACAUAUGGCUGAUGAGAGAAUUGCUUGUAUUCUUAUGAACAAUAUUCAACAACUUCGAGUGCAACUUGAGAAGAUGUUCGAAUCUAUGGGAGGAGAUAAGCUUGAGGAAGAUGCCGCCAACAUACUAAAGGAACUCCAGCAGAACUUAAAUACGGCACUGGAUGAGUUAGCGUCACAAUUUGCAAACAGCCUUGAACCAAGAAUAACGCAGAGCGUCCGCGAACUGGGCGAUCUCCUUUUAGCAAUAAAGGGAGGUGGUACAGUGGCGAAUCCCAAUCAGGCAGCGCAGCGUAAAGAUGUUGCUGUCGAAGCUGAUGAAGUGUUACGACCGCUGAUGGAUCUGUUAGACGGUUCAUUAACGCUCUAUGCACAAUCAUGUGAAAAGACUGUUCUAAAACGUUUACUCAAGGAGCUGUGGAAAAUUGUGAUGCGUAUAUUAGAGAAAACAAUCGUUUUGCCACCAAUGACUGAUCGAACGAUGAUGUUCAAAAACCUCACAGAUAAUGCGAAAAAUCUUGCUGCUAAUGCCAAGAUUGAAGAUAUGUCGCGUCUGUUCAAGAAUCACAUGGCCGGGAAACAGGAUGUGAAGAAUGCCUUAAGCGGUGUCAUGGAUAUUUCCAAGGAAGUGGAAAAGAAUCUUUCACCGAAACAAUGUGCCGUACUGGAUGUAGCUCUCGAUACAAUCAAACAGUACUUCCAUGCGGGUGGCAAUGGCUUGAAGAAGACAUUCCUGGAGAAAUCACCGGAAUUACAAAGCCUGCGAUACGCCCUGAGUUUGUAUACGCAAACAACAGACACCUUGAUAAAGACAUUCAUCACGAGCCAAGUUCACGAAGCAAAACGGCGAAGUUUAACAGCGGCUGAGGUUGAAGAAGUUGGAAAUUCGAAUUUAGAUGAACCGCUUAAACAAACAGACAAACGACGUCAGGCUAAAAAAGAUUCGUCAAAUCCCGAAGACAGUGUUGGCGAAGUUUCUGUUCAAAUCGAUUUGUUCACACAUCCAGGAACUGGUGAACAUAAGAUCACCGUCAAAGUUGUUGCUGCAAACGAUCUAAAAUGGACAAUACAAUCAGGAAUGUUCCGGCCAUUUGUUGAAAUUAAUCUUAUUGGACCACAUUUACAAGAUAAGAAACGAAAACAUGCGACCAAAUCAAAAUCGAAUAAUUGGUCACCGAAAUUUAAUGAGACAUUUCAUUUUAUGGUCGGUAACGAGGAGCAGUUGGAUUUCUUUGAAUUGCACAUUUGUGUUAAGGACUAUUGUUUUGCACGUGAGGAUCGGCUUGUUGGCGUUGCUGUACUACAACUAAAGGAUAUUGUUGAACAAGGUUCCUGUGCAUGUUGGCUUUCACUAUCCAAGCGUAUACAAAUGGAUGAGACCGGCUGGACAAUCCUACGAAUUCUAUCGCAGCGUAACAAUGACGAAGUUGCCAAGGAAUUCGUCAAGCUCAAGUCUGAAAUACGUCAAGAACCAAUGAUGGGAACUCAAUAGAUAAAAAAAAACUACUCAUAAAUUAUUUUUGAAAAUCCAAAAAAAAAACAAAAAAAAAACAAAUUAAAAUAGUAAAAAUUUAUUAUUCUUUUCACGUACAUACCGAAACACGAAUGAAUAUAAAAAUAUACAAGAAAAUUAUGGAAACUACCCUACCACGAAUUAAAUAUGUGAAAAAAACUCAAGAAAUUCAAGUGUUUGAACAGUAAAUGUUAUCAAAUAAAUGAAAACUUUAACGAUAAAUAGUAAAUCACGCAUACGUACAUUAUACAUACAUAUAUAUAUAUAUAUAUUAAUAGUUAAGUUAAGAGGAUUCGGAAUGAAAAACAUUUAAAAAAAAAUAAUCAACUCACCAAAUGAAUAAAACAUAAUUUGGUUACGCUCUCUUUAUAAAAAACAAAACAUAACAAAAAAAAAACUACAAAAUGAAAAUGAAAAGAAAUAGUGUUUUUCCAUAUUUUCCUUUUUUAUAUGUCUUCUACUAUUUAAAAAAAAAAAAUGGCUUCAAUAAUAAUAAUAACUAGAAGUCAAACGUAAAAAAUACCCAAUUCAUUAUCUUGUGAAGCAAAAUGAGAAAAAUACUAUUCUGAAAGGCUCAUAAUGAAAACAAAAGGUGGACAAAAAAACAGAAAUUCCAGAUAAUUUAUUGUGAAUAAUAAAAAAGAAACUAUAAAAA